CCACAAAACAUCCUUUUAACCUAUAAAAUUAUUUCAUCUCUACCAGUUCUAAAUUUUCCGUGAACGAAAUGAAAUAAAUUAGUAACAACUGAAUUCAAAAAUCUACAUUACUCAAAAAUGCAAAAUCAUUUGCAUAAUUGGAAAUCCUACCUUACAAUCGAAGCGUCUUUAUAUUGCGGCAACUUUUUCAGCAUGUAGCAGGCCAAAACUUCAUCGCAAUGAAAUACGCCACUUUAUGGAGACAGUUGUCGAUGCUAAAUAAUGGCACACGAUUAUCCGCUAUUGAACAUUUGCAACAGAAGUGGCAGUUGUAUUGUGACAGACCUCAGAAAGGACUUGAAUUCUUCUUUAGAUCAGGUGGGAAGAGACAGAAUCUUAAUUGUAGUGGAAAAAAUGCGAAAGAAGCCGAAAAGAAAGCGGAAAAUCAGCCGGGAUCGAAAGGAACUCAACAGCAGUCCCAUCCACCUCCAAAAAGUUCCUCACCUGGUGGACCCAAGAAGGACGAUCCAUUUUCCUUUGGGCUUUCAGGAUUCGGAGGAGGAGGUAAAUCGUUCAACGAGGGUGACAAAAAAUGGCUUCUUCUUGGAAUUGGAGGAGGCAUUUGUGGUAUUGUAAUGCUCAUGGCCUCGAGCUCAAUGCAAAGGGAAAUUACGUGGAGGGAUUUUGUGAAUAGUUAUUUGAACAAAGGUAUAGUGGAUAAAUUAGAAGUUGUUAAUAAAAAAUGGGUCCGCGUUCGACUCGUGCCCGGUGCCUCAGCUGAUGGCUCAUCGCUGUGGUUUAACAUCGGUAGUGCCGAUACUUUCGAGAGAAAUUUGGAGAACGCUCAGCUUGAAAUGAACAUAGAACCCCAGAAUCACAUCCCUGUUGUAUAUAAAACUGAAUUAGAACUUGCGCAGAUAGCCGGAUAUUUACCAACACUCGCACUUUUAGGAUUUUUACUCUAUGGACUUAGUCGAUCCGCUCAAAUGAUGGGUGGCAAAGGCGGCCGAAAGGGUGGACUGUUCGGUGGAGUUAUGGAAUCAACUGCCAAAUUAAUAAACACCAAAGACAUUGGAGUCCGUUUCAAGGAUGUUGCUGGCUGCGAAGAAGCUAAAAUCGAAAUCAUGGAGUUUGUGAAUUUCCUCAAAAACCCUCAACAGUACAUGGAUCUUGGUGCUAAAAUCCCCAAAGGAGCAAUGUUAACAGGACCUCCUGGAACAGGAAAGACCUUGUUAGCAAAAGCAACAGCAGGUGAAGCGAACGUGCCUUUUAUUACUGUUUCGGGUUCCGAAUUCUUGGAGAUGUUUGUGGGAGUCGGUCCAUCAAGAGUGCGGGACAUGUUUGCGAUGGCAAGGAAACACGCACCUUGCAUAUUAUUUAUUGACGAAAUUGACGCCGUCGGUAGGAAGCGAGGUGGAAGAUCCUGGGGUGGACAUUCUGAACAGGAGAACACGUUAAAUCAACUUCUUGUAGAAAUGGAUGGUUUCAACACGACAACAAACGUAGUCGUCUUGGCUGCCACUAACAGAGUAGAUGUUUUGGACAAGGCUCUGUUACGACCUGGUAGAUUUGAUAGGCAAAUUUUCGUCCCUGCUCCUGAUAUCAAGGGCCGUGCUUCGAUCUUCAAAGUUCACUUACAGCCUUUAAAAACUUCGUUGGAUAAAAAUGAGUUGGCCAGGAAAAUGGCAUCUCUCACGCCUGGGUUCACAGGUGCCGAUAUUGCCAAUGUUUGUAACGAAGCGGCUUUGAUAGCCGCGAGGGACAUGAAGACUGAAAUUGAGCAAAAGAAUUUCGAGCAGGCAAUUGAACGAGUCGUAGCUGGAAUGGAAAAGAAGUCGCGUGUUUUACAGCCCGAAGAAAAGAAGACGGUGGCUUAUCACGAAGCAGGCCACGCAGUUGUUGGCUGGUUCCUCGAACACGCGGAUCCCCUGUUAAAGGUUUCCAUUAUUCCUCGAGGAAAAGGUUUAGGAUACGCACAGUAUUUACCCCGUGAACAAUACCUCUACACAAAAGAACAGUUAUUCGAUCGAAUGUGUAUGACUCUCGGUGGUAGAGUUUCCGAAGAAAUAUUUUUUGGCCGCAUAACGACUGGAGCGCAGGAUGACUUAAAUAAGAUAACUAAGAGCGCCUACUCUCAAGUAGUUCAUUACGGAAUGAAUGAGAAGGUUGGAAAUGUCAGUUUCGAAAUGCCUGAGCCAGGACAAAUGGUAGUGGACAAGCCUUAUUCUGAACACACUGCACAGUUAAUAGAUGUAGAAGUGCGAUUAAUGAUUGAAGGUGCACAUAAGCGGACCACCCAGCUUUUACAGAAACACAAAAGUGAAGUGGCUAAGGUGGCCGAGCGCCUACUAAAACAAGAAAUUUUGAGCAGAGAUGACAUGAUAGAAUUGUUAGGCCCCAGACCUUUCCCCGAGAAAUCGACGUACGAACAAUUUGUCGAAGGUACGGGUUCUUUCGAAGAAGACACAACUUUGCCAGAAGGUUUGAAAGAAUGGAACAAAACGAAGGAACCUCCCAAGGACCAGCAAUCAGGAGGUGAAGCGCCAUCGUCCCCUGCAACUGGAGCGCCACCUAAAGAUCAACCUCAGCCACGAUUAUAAUUUUCUCCAUCUUAGAACCUAGUCCUUACGCGUACCUUAUUCAUACUUUGUAUAAUAGUUAAAUAUAUAUUAUAUAUAUACUUUAGCAGUAAUUUAUGUCUCGAUCCAACAUUCGAAAGUCGCGCUAGGUAUUUCAUCCUGUUUGUUUAUUAGACUCUCUUGUACAAUAUUUUUAAGCAAUCGAAUAUUUUAUCAAAUUUUGAUUUAAAUUGUGAAUUCAUACACCGGCAUUAAUCCACUUUCUUCGGAAAGAGGGACUCAAGCAUUUUUAUUAAUUCCAGAUCUCACUCGUGCGCUUUUAUUAGUGUGAAAGAAAUCUAACUCGUUUGAAAUGAUUUGCAUUAUGCAAAAGGUCUGUUUUGAUAACUGGUGACUGUGAUUUUAUUCCUUUAGUCAAGCGUCUCGAAAGCCAGCAGGGCUCAAACAAUGUGAAAUAAAAAAUCUUGAUAAAGGAGUACAAGAAAGAAAAAUUAUUGUCUAUUUUUACGGGACUUUAAAAGCGCGAUUUAAGAUCGGGAAUAUUUAUCUGGCAGAUUUCGCACGACAUAGGAAUUGGAAAUUAAAUUGAAAAAGUUUCGGAAAAAAGAAAUAUUUUCAGGAACUGUUCUUUAAUUUUUAAAUACAGUCAACUCUUGGCUUUUUAAGUCGCACCUAUUUUUAGUAUUUUAGUAUGACGUCAUAGGAAUGCACAUGACUUUUUGGCGAAAAUACUCUAAACGUAAAAGUAAGUCAUAAAUGUACGAAUAGUAAUAAUUGUCAAGUGAAAAAUCUAUUUUCUCAGUCAUGUUCCAUUCUUUUGUCGAUUCACGACCUUUCAGUGUCACGAAAUAAAAAAAAAAUUUAUAAAAAAUUUCAGGUCAGUUUAUCAGAUCGGGUAUUCUAACCUCGAAUUUCGGAUAGUUGAUUGUGUUUCGUGAAACUGAAAGGUGAAAUCGUGACGUCAUAUUGCAAUACGCAAUGUUCCGCGAAAUAAUUGAGUUGUUUUUUGAUUCUAUAAUAUAUUUUUAGUUGGCAAAUUGUACUAUUUAAAGGAAAUGUUAUAUUUGUCACGCUGUACUUUAAUAAAAACACUUUAAAGACACUGACGUGCAUGCAGUGAUGCUAACAAACCACGGCUUUGUCAACGGCGCAUGUGCAGAAAAACGCGGGUCUAUUUAACAGAGCAAAGUAUAAACAUGUAAUUGAUUUUGAUCAAACCUACCACUGGAAAAGUUUCCUCGCGAUUGAAGAUGAAUAACGUAAUUUUCUCAGCAAAACAAAACAAAAAUGAAAGGGGUUAAACCACCCCUACAAAAUUUUAAAGUUGUGCUAAAAAUUUUGUAUUUCACAGGAAAAAAUAUAUAUGUUUUGCACUAGUGUCAAACAUAAAUUUUACCUGUAUCACAAAAAAUUUUCUUAAUCAAUGCUACCCCUAAACACUUUUUAUUUUAUCUCGAUGAUAAUAUUUACUUUCCAUACUCGAAGACAAUUGGGAAAAUAGUUUUAUAACGAAGGAAGUAAAAUAGAGUCCAUCCAACAUGAAUAAAAACAUAACGCGGGGGUAAGUUACCCCUCUCCCCCAUCAAUUAUGUAUAAAAUUGCAAAAUUAGUCAAAAAUAGAAGGGAAAAAAUCGAAGAAAAUAUGUGUUGCACACAAAAAAAGAGGAUGAAGGUGUCUAUGUAUUUGUAAGAUAAAAAGAGCAUUGUAGAGGGUAACUACACCUAAAUUGUUUAACAUGAUUAAACUUUAUAAUUAAAUCUUGUGCGCAUUGUAUUCAAAGUUUGUUUAAUUUAAGAUAUGAUAUCUGUUGUAAAUGAAUCACCUUGUUUUUUUGCGCAGGAUUGUACCAGAUUGUACAUUCUGUGCCGAGUAAUAUGUACGUGGAUGCUUGAACAUAGGGGAAACUUACCUCAGGUAACAUGCAGGAACAAAUAGCGUUUUACUCCUUGAUUCAUGGACUAGCCAUUGCCCAA